AUGACCACAAUAUUGUCCCCGUCCUGGCAUCCACAGCAUAGACCAAACCACCGGGUUCAACUUAGCUUCAAAAAGGAUUCCAUUCACUGUAGUCACCGGCCGUGGGUAGUGUCAUUGCUUGAAUUUUCCGUGCUCCAGAGGAUUUCCCCGGUCUGUGCAUCCAACGGCACCCAUCCACCAGCGUUGGUUGUUCGGGUAGAUGGUUGGAGGGUGAAGGGGAGGUCAUUGCCGUUCUUAAUAUUUGUGUAUAUGUGUACUCCAUCAGUGGCUGCAUCCAACACUCCAUUCAAGCUUCCUGGCCCUGCUUUCUACAAAAAAUCAAGAUGA